AUGGGAUGCUCUUCCUUGUUUGUUGCAGUCCUCAGCCUCCGGAACACGCAGGAAGAGGAGCCUCCAGACCCCCAGCUGAUGAGGCUGGACAACAUGUUGAUAGCGGAAGGGGUUGCGGGACCCGAGAAGGGUGGCGGUGCUGGUGCAGCCGCGAAUGCAUCUGCUGCAGCCGCUCAAGGUGGACCCACUUCUGACAAUGCCAUCGAACACUCCGACUACAGGGCCAAACUCUCACAAAUCCGCUCCAUCUACCACCAAGAGUUGGAGAAAUACGAGCAGGCGUGCAACGAAUUCACGACGCACGUGAUGAACCUGCUGAGGGAGCAGAGCCGGACGAGGCCUAUCACACCGAAGGAGAUCGAGAGGAUGGUCCAGAUCAUCCACAAGAAAUUCCAAUCCAUCCAAGUGCAGCUGAAGCAGAGCACCUGCGAGGCUGUUAUGAUCCUCCGCUCCCGAUUCCUCGAUGCCAGGAGGAAGAGGAGGAACUUCAGCAAGCAGGCUUCGGAAGUACUCAACGAGUACUUCUACUCACACCUCUCCAACCCGUACCCCUCAGAAGAGGCCAAGGAGGAACUCGCCCGCAAAUGCGGCAUCACUGUUUCCCAGGUAUCCAACUGGUUUGGCAAUAAGCGGAUCAGGUACAAGAAGAACAUAGCCAAAGCGCAAGAAGAGGCCAACCUUUACGCAGCCAAGAAAGCUGCAGGGGCAUCCCCGUAUUCGCUGGGAAGUGGAGGUGGAGGGGGUGGUGGUCAUAGUCCGAUGGUUUCACCUCCCCCAGGGUCCGAUGGUGGUCCUGCCGGCAUGUACAACAUGGCUGCUGCUGCCGCCGCCGCCGCUGCCAUCAACGGCUCCGAUUCCUAUUCCUCGUUGCCUCAAUCUCAAGUACCACAAACUGGAGGUUAUUCAAACGCCGGAGGCAUGUAUGACCCUAGUCUACAGCAGGUGGGUAUCCAAGUCGUUCCCUUGCGUUUCGCCAUAGACUCGGUCGAUGGAAUCCCCGGACGAAUGGAGAGUUAUGGAAGGGAGGCAAUCGAAGGAGCGUAAAUAAGGUCCGGGACAACCCGCCGCGCUGGGGUAUAUGCGAUGCGAAACUAUUAAUGAGUCUAGAGGGCCAGGGCAGAGCAAGGUAUGCGAAGAGA